AUGAAAGAAAUAAAGGAUGUUGGGGAAAAUGUCAAAGCAAGAAAAGACCAAGCAUUCCUUGGUUUGCCCCAAAGGCGAGCAGAAUGUGAUCAAGCGGUUUUCUGCAUCCACAAAGGAGUCAAGGCAUUUACGUUCUGCAAGGGAAAGAACUUGCUGUUGACAGGUGGAAUGCAUCGGAUAAUUAGAGUCUGGAAUCCUUAUCUGCCUGGAAAACCAACAGGUAUGCUGAGAAGCCACACAGCUCCAGCGAUUUACAUCCAUGUGUCUGCUGAGGAUAACAAGAUAUUUUCCAUGUCCACCGACAACACCAUUAAGAUCUGGGAUCUGGAGACCAACAGCUGCUUGUUCACUGCCUCCUCCAAAGCCAGCAGCAUUCGGGGUGAGCCCGGGGUCUGCCUCUAUCUCCCCAGUCCCAGAGCCCUGUAUGUGGCCACUGAUAUCCUAGCACUCCUGCACCUGAGGCUGAGUAGGAGGCCUCACUCAGUGGUUUCCCACAAGGAGUCCGGGGUAUGCUGCCGGGACAACCCCACAUUCAGGCAGGUGGUCAGCUGUUCAGAAGCAUCUGUGGUGAAAAUAUGGGACUUUGAAACGGGAAGACUGUUGUCUGGAUUUACUGGGGCUCAUGGCAAUGCUGGGAUCACCUGUCUGACCUCCGACUCCAGUGGAAGAAGGCUGAUUACUGGGGGCAGAGACGGCUGUCUGAAAAUACGGAGCUACAACAGUGGGCAAUGUCUGCACAUUCUGAAACAUGACGGAGAGCAAGGUGAAGUCUGUGACUGCACCUACUUGGAAGUGAACCAAAAUAAGUGUAUCAUAGCGGUUGGAUGGGAGAGAAGAGAUGUGUACUUUGACACACCGUGUGACUUUCAUCACUUCCAGAAGCCACAGCCACACUGGCAAGAUGACUUGAACCAUGGGCACAAGGAAGACAUCCUCUGUGUGGCUCAUUGUCCACCUUCUCUCCUCGCCACCUCCAGUUAUGAUGGGGAGAUUAUCAUCCGGAAUAUCAUCUCAGGCCACCUGUACUGCAAGCUGAAUUCCCCCAGCUCCUCUGACGGCACAGAAGAUAGCGAAGGCCCAGACCGAAGUGUCUCCUGCCUCGCCUUCCUCAAGACUCAGGCAGCCAACUUGGAAUCAGCCUCCACUUCGCUGAUGGCCAACAGGCCCCGAGGUAAGAUUUGCUCCUAUGAGUUGGGCAGUGGGUUGGAAAUAAGUUCCAUACCUUAUUCCAUAGACAAAGCCCGAGUCAGCAGCACGGUGGUGACGGCGGGAGAUGCCUGCGCCUACGUGGCUGACCAGCACGGCAUUGUGCAUGUCUAUGACAUGGAGGAGUAUGGCCUGCAGGGACAGGAGCUGCAGCCUCCCACGAAUGUGAAAUUCUGGCGGGCCCACAUCAGCAUGGUGACAUCUUUGGAGCUAAUAGAAGAAGAGGUUCUGCUCUCAUCCUCCCUGGACCGCACUGUGCGCCUGUGGAGCAGGGACGGGGCGUUCAUCGGGACAUUUGGGCAGAGCAGCCCCUGGGAUAUUUUCACUCCUGACUCCUGGAGCCACCCUAGAGUGCCCCAUGAAGUCCUGACAGAUCCCCAGAGCAUGCCUGCUCACCCAGUGCUAGAAGGAGGUGUUCCUGCCACGUGCAGAGGAGAAGAGCAAGACAAGGUGGCGGAGGGCAAGGCCAGUGCUGAGCCUGAAAAGACCUCUGAUCCUCGCUCUCCAGGAGACUGCGUCCUUGAAGUGGAGGAAGACUCCUGUGGAGGGGGUGGAUUCGGCAGUGACAGCCCGACCUCCUCCAACAGCACCAGCCUCAUCCAGUGUCAACCACUGUCCAGAGACUUCCACCAGGCCCAUACCUGA